AUGGCUGUAGCAAACACAGAACCUGUUCUGAAAGAGUGUGAACUGAAUCACUGCCUCCCACAAAUAUACAAGGCCUUGUUGACAGCUUCAUGCCUGUCAUGUCCCAAUGACCCAAUACAGUUUCUGAAAAAUACUCUUUUGGCCUUCCAGGGCCAUGAUAAUCUUCAGAAUGUAGACUGGCACAAAUUUAUUGCUGAUGCAGAACAGCGAACUGCAGCAACCACCUCUCUGAUGCGUAGGACUAUGGACGCAGCCUAUAUGGAUCCAGAUGACAAUAUGCUUUCCUUUUGUCUUUUUGAGAAGGCCUACUGCUGUUACAGGAAAAAUUUAACAAGCGCUUGCUUCAGGAAGUGGAAGAGGUUCACUGUGCAGAGCAAGAGAGAUACCAUAGAGCUGGCUCUGAAGAUGGACGUGACAAAGAAGCACUUUGAGAGGACAUGCCAGCACGCUGCACUCACCAAAUGGUUGAAUUGGGUAAAAUUACACAAGAAGACACAGGCUGCUGCCAUUGAGAAACUCGAGAGACUUGUGGCCGCUCGUCGCCUUAAGCGCAUUGUAGUUGCAUGGCGUAAUGUUGCAAAGGACUCAAAGAGGACAAAAGAGUACUUCAAGAACUUGGAAAUGGGUUUUAUAGAAAUCACUAACAAAAACCACCAGAUUGGAGAAGGAUGUGACAGACUGUCUUUGCUCCCUAGGAGCCUCUCAUUGAAGGUCUUUCAAUAUCUAGAAUUACGAGACUGGCUGAAUUGUGCUGAGGUGUGUUGCACAUGGAAAGCCAUCAUCCAAUCAGGCACAUUGUGGAGUCAGAUCAACUUCUCUGUAGAGAAAGACUGGAUAACAGACAGCACAACGAAGCAGAUCCUGCAGAACUACCGCCCAUUUGUGAUCCAUCUUAACCUGCGAGGCUGCACGUCACUUACAUGGCCCAGCCUGAAAUGUAUCAGUGAAUGCAGAAAUCUGCAGGAGCUCAAUGUAUCAGAGUGUUUUAAUGUCACAGACAUGAUGGUUCAGAGAAUUGUCGAGGGCUGUCCCUGCCUGCUCUACUUGAACCUUUCCUGCACACUUGUAACAAACAAAACUCUGAGAGAACUGUCCAGGAACUGUCUCAACCUUCAGUAUCUGAGUCUGGCCUACUGCUACAGAUUCACGGAUAAAGGCUUUCUGUACCUGAGCACAGGGAAGGGCUGCCACAAUCUCAUCCACCUCAACCUGUCCGGCUGCACUCAGAUGACAGUAAAUGGGUUCAAAUACAUUUCAGCUGGAUGCCCUUCACUCAAAGAGGUUGUGAUCAAUGACAUGCCCACGCUGUCAGACAGCUGUGUGUUGGCACUACUUUCCACAUGUCGCUGUCUCUCUGCCAUUUCUCUGUUGGAUGCUUGUCAUCUUUCCGACAUCGCUUUCAAAGCCAUUGCUGAAGUAGCCACACUGAAGACGUUCAGCACAGAGGGCAACAACCAACUCUCGGACGUCAGCUGGAAGGCCCUGUGCAGCAGCUCACAAGGCCUCCGCAGACUCCACGCUGCCGAGUGUCCCAGAAUGACCGACACCAGCCUCAGAUCUGUGGCCACCCUCAAGGACCUGCGAUACCUGGACAUCUCACUUUGCAACAAGGUGAGCGAUGUUGGGAUCAAGUACUUGACUGAAGGCUCCUCAGUCGCCAAAUUGCGACAGCUAAAUGUCAGUCACUGCACUCACAUCACUGACAUCUCUGUCAUGAGAAUUGCACAGAGGUUGUAUAAACUCUACCAUCUCAACUUGAGCUACUGUGAGAGACUGACUGACACGAGUCUGGAGUGGCUGAGUGGCAGCUCUGUCUGCUCUCUUGACAUCAGCGGUUGCAACAUCCAGGAUCAGGGUCUGGCUGCUGUCGAAGGAAUUCGCCUGAAGAAGUUAUGUCUUGCAGAGUGUGUCUACGUCACAGACAUUGGCAUAGAGAAGCUGUGCAAAAAUGUGAGAGAUCUGGAACAUGUUGACGUGUCUCACUGUGUCGCUCUGUCUGACCCAGCCAUCCGAGCCAUUUCAUUUUACUGCAGAGGUCUGGUCACACUGCGGAUGUCAGGUUGUCACAAGAUGACAGAUAUGGCUGUGCAGUAUCUGACGACUGGCUCUCAGUACCUGCGAGAGCUCGAUGUGAGUGGCUGUGUUCUUCUCACAGAUCGCACGCUCCGACACUUGGAGAGGAUUUGUCCACCGCUCAGCUCCAUCACGAUGGCCUGCUGCAGCAGCAUCUCCAAGGUGGCCGCCUUAAAGCUGCGGUCGCGUGUGCAGCACUGGGAGCACAGCAACGACUACCCUCCAUACUGGUGUGGAUAUGACAUGGGCCAAACAGCGCAUUCAAUAACGAGACCAAUCAAGACUGAUGACACCUGGGAGGUGGUGGAACAGCACUCAGUGAUGGCAAGAGCAGCAAGUACAGAGAGAAUAUAAACAGAUCUCCACAUGUAAUGAUUUUGUAAAAAUAGAGCCUUAAGUAAUAUGUGCAGCAUUACUGACAAUCAUGCGAUCACAGCAGCUAUCAUUGUGGUAUAUACUUUGUAUCAAAAUGUAUUAAGUGCAUUUUCAACAAACCAAAAUUUGAGAAUAAUCAGAUGAAGUUUCACCUUUAUCUGUGUGUGUCCUACCUUUCAGGACAGAAGCUCAGACAUACAGUAGCAUAUAUUUCAUCAGCUCCUGACAGUGGAAUGUCCUGUGCUGUCCUGUUUUGCUUUUAAUACUACAGAUCACUUUUUUUGCUUCCACAUAAAUAGUUACACAUUGUCUUUGACCCUGAAAGCCUUUAAUGCCUUUAAGAAUGCUUUUAUAAAAGUAAAUUCAAACGUGUGCUACUUUUGCUUCAAACAUUCUUCAAAUAUUCUAUACAGUCAGCCAUCAAAGGUUUGCAACCUCUCAGCUGUAAGUUUGUUUUAAACUGUGAAACAACUAAGUGAAUGUAGUUCCAAUUUUGGAGUCAAAAUUGGGCUCUUAUAUAUUGUAUUACUUAGACCAGGGGUGUCCAAACUG